AGGGACAUCAACCAAAGAGAAAAUAUCAUUGACUAAUGACUCUGCCAUAGAGUUUUUUCAAAUAACCUUCUUCUCUUUCUCAUCAAAAACCUCAAGUCCAUUUCAUAUAUAAAUAAUUAAGUCAUCACUUAUAUUACCAUAACCAUAAACCAUGGUAACACCCAUGGUCAUCACUAUUUUUCUCUCAUUCCUCUUCUCUAUUCAUCAUCAUCAUCAUGUCACAUGCACCACAUCAACCACCACAACCACCACCACUACUCAACGCUUCAAACAAGCACCUAAAUUUUACAAUUCCCCAAACUGCCCCUCACAACCCACCGACGGCACGUGCUCCGACGAAGCCGUCCACGUCGCAAUGACACUCGACGUAAAAUACCUCCGCGGCUCCAUGGCCGCGAUUCUCUCCGUUCUUCAACACUCUUCAUGUCCGGAAAACAUCAUCUUCCAUUUCGUCACCGCCGCAUCGAAAUCCAAAACCUCCACAGUUAUUCUCAACACUACACUCACGAACUCGUUUCCUUAUUUAAAAUUCCAAAUAUACCCCUUCGAUGAUGCUACUGUUGCCGGUUUAAUCUCAACUUCAAUCCGUUCGGCACUCGAUUGUCCUCUCAACUACGCGCGAAAUUACAUGGCUAACCUUCUUCCUGAUUGUGUUCGGAAGAUCGUUUACCUUGACUCCGAUCUGAUCCUCAUUGACGACAUUGCGAAACUUGCUGCGACGCCGUUUACGAAUGAGGCUGUUUUGGCUGCACCGGAGUACUGUAACGCGAAUUUCAGUAUCUAUUUUACGCCGACGUUUUGGUCGAAUCCUUCGCUUUCGAUGACGUUUGCGAACCGGAAGGCUUGUUACUUCAACACCGGAGUAAUGGUUAUUGAUUUGGAGAGAUGGAGGGAUGGAGGAUAUACGGAGCAGAUUCAGGAAUGGAUGGAGCUUCAGAAGAGAAUGAGGAUCUAUGAGCUUGGUUCGUUGCCGCCGUUUUUGCUUGUUUUCGCCGGGAAAAUAGUUCCGGUUGAUCACCGGUGGAAUCAGCAUGGGCUCGGCGGUGAUAAUUUCCGUGGGCUUUGUAGAGGCUUGCAUCCUGGGCCCGUUAGUCUUAUGCAUUGGAGUGGAAAGGGUAAACCGUGGGCCAGGCUUGAUGCAAAACAUCCUUGCCCUUUGGAUGCUUUGUGGGACCCGUAUGACCUUCUAGAAACACCUUUUGCUCUUGAAACCUAGCCCGGCCCGGCCCAGCCCAUAUCAAUAUUUACUUUUUAUUUUUUUCUUUUAUAGAAGCAAGUUAUGAUUUUAUUUUUGUUUAAAAUGAGAUGAGGUACAAAAGAAAUACUUCUCAUGAUGUCCCCAUCUUACUAUGAAUAUGAUUAUAGCUCAGAUAUGCUUAACUGUGGAUUUCUGAUGGUUUUUGAUGCGAUAAUGUUGAUAUGGUCGCAUUUGGAAUUAGCUAUAAUUUAGUUGUGUGUAAUAUGGCAGCUUGUCAUUGGGAAGUUGGCGCUGGAGUCACUCAUGGCUUGGCUUGCUAUAUAUGGCUAGUGCUUGUUGUAUUGCAGUAUUGUACAGCCAGUGAGAUAAAUCUUUGUACUAUUUUCACCUUUUUCUUGGCAGUGAGUAAUGUAAUAGUUUACAACUUGACAAUGAAAUAGAAUGAAAUAGAUUUUCAUGUGUUGUCAUAAAUAAA